AUGAAUUUAGAAACCUUACUCGACUAAACUCAUCGAAAUACUAGAAGAGGCAUUGUGUUUUAACACACUAGAAAGGCCUUUACAAUCAAACCGGAUUCACCUAAGACUCGAGAAGCAUGCUUGGCUUUGGGUUAUGAUCCAAAUAUAUUUUAAUUCAAACAAUUAGAAGAUUUUGCUGAAGCUGGCAUUUCUGAAAAUGUGUAAAAGAUGCGAUUUGAUCACUACAUGAAGAAGACGGAAGGUGCCUUGUAGGAAAUUAGUAAGGUGAGGAAGAUAAUAAUAAAGAAAUAAAAAAAUAUUACUAAUUUGCAUUUAGAAAAGAGUUAUCAGAGAGAUGAGGAAUUGGUUAAUGAUUUAAUUGAAACUUACAAUAAAAAAAUGAGUAGCAUCGAUAAAGAAGAUAAGGAUGCCUCUUAUUUAUCUUUCGAUGAAGACGAUCCAAUAUUGGUAUUAGAAUAAUAGUUGGAAAAGGAAAUUGCUAAAUAUAAGAAAUCCUUAUAAAUUAAGGCUAAAGAAGUGUAACAUCAACUGAAUAAUGAAAAAAGAAGAUAAAAACUACAUCAAGAUAUGAUUGAAAGAGAGAAAAAAAUUGAGGAGUUAAAAUUUAAAAUCUCAAUUUAGAAGGCAAGAAAGAAAAAAGAAAUGAAGUAGGCUUCUUAGAAAAAAGUUAAUGAAAUUAAAUAAAAAGAAAGAGAAAAAUAAAUCAAAUUGCUGGAAGACAGAAAAAGGUAGGCAGAAAAAGAAGAAAAGAUACGAAAGAAAUUAGAACAAGACGAAAUCUCACAUAAAAAAGAGUUGGAUGAAUAAGAGAGAAAGUAUUAAGAAAGAAGAUUGUAAAUAUAAUUAAGGAAAACCUUGCAAGACAGACAAUAUAAUUAGUAAAUGGCAUAAACUAUGACUUAAAUUCAAUAAAAAUGGGCAGAAACCUCAUUAAAUAAAGAAAAAUAAAUUUGGGAAUCCAAAUUAGAGCGUCUUACUCUUAGGAGUUCUUGCAUGAAGAAAAAUUAAAGCAAUACAAAUUAAGAACUAUGUAAAAGGAAGAAUCCUUGGUUUAGUCUAUUGUUCAAAAAUUAGCAAGCAAAGAAGAAGAUCUUAAAGGUAUUAUUACUCUAUAGCUUAGCCUUAAAAUAAUCAAAAGAGAGAGAAGAACAAAACAAACUAAAAGAUGAAAAAUUAAGAAGGAGAAAGAUUGAAAAAAGUCUUAAGAAUAUUAAGUCUUAGUAAUUUGAUAGAGUCGAUAGUUUGUAAAAGAAAUUUUAGCUUCUUGAAGAUUAUAGUCUGAAAAGAAAAGAAGAAUUAGAUUACUAGAAAUCCUUAAAACAGGAGAGGAUGAAAUUAAAACAACAGGAUUUAAUUGAAAAUUAUUAAAGACAAGAAAGAUUGAAGGAUUUACGAUUCAAGUCGCUGAUUAAAUCAUCUCAAUAAUUAAAUGAACAAAAAUCUUUAGAAAAAGUCUCUAAUGAAUUAAUUCGAAAAGCUCAACAAGAGCUCCAGAGAAAACUAAAAAAGGAUUCUGAAAAUCUUGAUUAAAGUCUUGUAAAUGUAAGUUAAGCUGAUGAAAAAGUGUUAAACUUAAGAGUCAGUCAACUUGAAAAAAGCUUGUCCAAUCUUAAAUAAAGUUCUAAGAUCAUACACUGA